AUGGAUUGUCACUGUGGAGACCCAUCCUGUGGAUAUUGUCAAGCUGCUCGAGAAAUGCAUACUAACUUCUAUAAUUUCGAUGAAUUCGUUCCAAUGGAUCCAUACAACAUGACACUGCAGACGAUUUUUGAAGAAGAUGAGAACAGGGAUGAUGUCGAAGGAGAUGAGGAAAAUCAAAACGAUUCCGAUCAAGAUGUGGAAAAUACGAAUCAGCUCGGUAAAGCUGUGGAUGGAAUGAGUUUCAGUCAGAUCAAUCAGUUGCAGGUGUCCGAGGAUGAGAAGAAGCGAUUGAGGAAUACCGAAGCUGCGAGAAGAUGUAGAGAGAAAAUAAAAAGAAAGACUGACGAUUUAGAACAGCAACUGACUGGACUAACAGCUCAAAAUGAUUUGAUGAACCAACACCGUAUUCGUCUCCUGUCACAGGUUGAGGAACAAAUGAGAAUGUUGGAAAUGAUGAAAAAGAGAAAUCCUGAAAGUGGAGCAGCGAUCAGUUAUGAAGCCAAGCGAAUUGUGGAUUCAUACACGGAACAAGUGGAGGCAAAGAGAAAAGAGAUUCGGGAAUUUUUUGAUAGAAAUUGCAAUAAGACAUAUUGA